ACCAUGCACUGCCAUGAUAAAUUACUAUGUAUCAGUCGAAUGUACAUAAGGAGGUUUCCAAGAUUUGGUGAUGAUUUCGAGUGUUUUUCUUGAAAGGAGAUGAUGGGAGCGAUGUGUCAACGUAGAAAAUGAGCGAAAGGAAAUUCACACGCGGCCUGGGAAAGCCGGGUAUGGCCGCACAAUUACGAGAAACGGUUUCUCAGGUCGUACGCGAAAGUACCGUACAGAGUAAACCACAUUUAGUUGACCCAAUAGAUUUUGAGAGCUUCGUGUUAAAGAAUAAAACAUUAUUGCAGAAUGAUCCGCAAAGAGAAUUAUUGCUUUAUCCGCCGGACGAUGUUUCUCAAGUUGUCCUACCGAGGCGUUAUCGCGCUAUUGUGCCUACAGCACAAUAUAUUUCGGAUAAUGACGAGGAAGGCGGAAGUCUCCUGACCAAAGAAUGUUUACGAAGUUACACCUCCAAUUGGAAUUUGAUACAUUACAAAUAUUCUGCCUACAACGGAAGUUAUCUCGAUUUACCCAAAAUAACAAAAGCGGAUGAUCUCAAGGAUGAAGUAUAUGAAAUUGAUACGGAAGUGGAUCAAGUCGACGAGGAUUUAAUCAAAAAUAAUGGGAUUACGAAGGAGGGCUAUUUAAUGAAAGGACCUGAAAUUGGAAGCUCCGAUCGUAUGUUUGCUCAUAUCGGCUCAAAAUCUUUUAAAAGACGUUUUUGCCAUUUAAGACAGGAGGUCGAUGGCACAUACAUUUUAGAAUUUUUCAAAGAUGAGAAAAAGGGCGAAGCUAAGUUGGCAAUAGUAAUGGACUUUUGUACAGAAGUUGUUAGAAAUCCAAAACGUGGAAGGUACUGUUUUGAAUUAAGAAUGACAGGAACUCACAAGUCUUAUACAUUAGCGGCCGAUAAUGAAACAGAUAUGCAAGAUUGGUUAUCAAAGUUGAAUUCUGUAUUGCAACAUUACAAACAACAAGAGGAGAAACGUGCUGCAUCUUUAGAGAGAACAUGUAACACUCCUCCUCCUUCUCCUCAACCAAUGCAGGUAUAUGGAACGUUGAAAGGUUUGGAACAGAGUAUGAAUCCACAAUUAAUUAAAUACUCCAGGGAAACUGACACAAGUAUAGCAUUGGCUAGACGGGAAUAUAGAAAACCUUUGUUUAGUCUAUAUUCCAACAUGUCACGUGUAAAAACACCUACAGGAGGAAAUUCUACUGAACAUAAUAUUGAUCCGUAUAAGGAGCAAUUUGGGCAUAGAAUUUUUAUUAAGUGUGAAACUCUUAAGUUUAGAUUGCAAGCUCCAAUUGAUGAAAAAGAAACUCUUUGCCAAGUUGAACCGUAUCAAACAACUUUAUGUCUUUUUGAUGCAAAGCACGGCAGGAAACUCACGGAAAAUUUUUAUUUCGACGUCAACCAUGAAAUUGUACAAGGAAUGAUAAAGGAAUUAAGUCCUACUAGCAUUAUGACGGAAUCUAAUGAAAAUAUAAGUUUACCUGAAGAAUUGAAAAGUGUACCAUUGGAUUGGAUAAAACAUCCAAAGCAGGCUAUAUUUCACGUUAGUAAUCCCCAUCCUGAUAUAUUUCUUGUGGUAAGAAUAGACAAGAUAUUACAAGGGAAUAUAUGUCAAACUUCUGAGCCAUAUGUAAGAACGACUAAAGAUCCAAGAUUAGGAUUAAAAGUACACAAACAAGUUAGAGCAUGUUGCCAAAGAUUAGGAAAUUAUAGAAUGCCAUUUGCUUGGGCCGCCAGACCUUUAUUUAGACUAUAUAGUAACGAGUUGGAUACUUCUCCAGACUUUCCAGCGAUAUAUAGACAGGAAGGGAAUAAAAUCAAAGAUGAAGAGUUAUUGAAAUUGCUUUCAGAGUAUAGAAAACCUGAAAAACUGAGCAAAUUAACCGUUAUACCUGGAUGGUUGAAAAUAAAAAUUGAACCCAUCAUUGAGAUACCAGAAAAUACAUUGUCGACAUCUUUGACUCCCUUGAAAUCAUUUCCCAUUCCACCUGUAAACGAUCCAACUCUUGAAAUUGCAGAAUUUGAAAGCACAUCUGAAAAAGAUGUUCAUCCCUAUACUACAUAUGUCAAUCAUCUUUAUGUUUAUCCACAAACUUUAUCUUUCGAUACUCAAAAGAUAUUUACAAGAGCUAGAAAUAUUGCGUGUAUCAUUGAAUUACGAGAUGAUGAUGGAGAAAAUGUGGAGCCUUUAAGAUGCAUCUAUGGCCGUCCAGGUACACCAUUGUUGUGUGUACGAGCGUCUUGCGCAGUGUUACAUCAUAAUGCUAUACCAUCUUGGUACGAAGAAAUUAAGAUAAGAUUACCAACAAAACUUCAUUCAAAACAUCACUUGCUUUUUUCAUUUUAUCAUAUAAGCUGUGAUAUGAAUAAGAAAAAGGAAAAUGGGAUUGAAAAUUGCGUUGGUUAUGCUUGGGCUCCAUUGUUAUAUAAAGGAAGACUCAAUGUAGAUAUGGAUGUAAAUGUUCAAGUUCUACCUGUUGCAACGCAUUUACCACAAGGAUAUCUUUCUAUUCAACCCCUUGGUCUAGGGAAAGGGGUAAGAAAUGCUGGCCCAGACAUUACAUGGAUUGAUUCACAAAGACCAAUAUUUACAGUAGCUUUUCAGUUAAUAUCAACGGUAUUUACUCGCGAUCCUCAUUUAUACAAUCUCUUUGCUCAUGCCGAACGAAUUCUGGAUACUAGGCCAUCUGUAAUGCCUUCGGAUACAGAAACGUGUAAAAUAUUGAAAGCAGCGCAUGCAAUACAGUUGGUCACAGCGAUUACUUUUCUUCCUACUAUAUUAAAUCAAUUGUUCACAUUAUUGACGUAUAAUAUCGGCGAAGAAGUAGGAUUGUAUAUUAUUAGAGUACUAAUACACAUUAUAAACAUGAUACACGAAGCUGGUCGAAAAGAAAUACUUCAGGCUUAUAUCAAGUUUGUUUUUCUGUCGCCAUCACAAGCAACCUGCAAUAUGACUGUUCAUGAACAAUUAGGGAAAUAUCUGCCAAUAUUAUUACAACCAAACAAUACGGAUUUCUUGGUAAUUAAUAAAUUCAUGCGUCAUUCUAAUUUCUUCUUUGAGAUAAUGAUUAAAAGUAUGGCACAAUAUCUACUUACUACUGGUAGAAUAAAAAUGCAUAGAAAUGAAAGAUUUUCGAAGGAGUAUCAUGAACGCAUUAAACAUCUAUUAGAUGUAAUUAUGCCAUAUAUAAUAAAUAAGUACAAAGAAAUGCCGGUUGAAACUCACGAAUUAAAUAAAAGCCUUGCUCAAUUGUUAAAGCAUUGUCUCACAUUCAUGGAUCGUGGUUUCGUUUUCCGUUUGAUCAACUCAUACGUGGAUAAAUUUUCUCCUGGAGAUCCACGCACUCUACAUGAUUUUAAAUUUACAUUUCUUCAAAUCAUUUGUUCUCACGAGCAUUAUAUAUCUUUCAAUUUACCAAUGAUGCAGUCUCGUAUUUCACCUAGAGAAAAUACUGAGAAAGAGCCAGAAUGUAAUGACUUGAUGAAUGAAUACUGUUUAUCAGAAGAUUUUUGUAAGCAUCAUUUUUUGGUUGGCUUAUUACUCCAAGAAAUCAAAAUAUCUCUCAAUGAAAUAAUGCAAAUUCGAAAAGUAGCCAUAACUACAUUAAGAGAUCUCUUGGCUAAGCACGAACUGGAUGAUAGAUAUCAAAAUAAGGGACAAUUGAGUAGGAUAGCAUCCAUUUAUAUACCAUGGUUAGAGAUAGUAUUGGAAAAUUUGAUGCGUUUACAAUCUGUACACGACAGUUCUAAAACAGAAAAUAAACACAAUGAGAUAAAUCGAAUAUCAACUAGCAGUUCCUUUUUGGCAACUAAGGAUAUCGCUAAUAGUACUAUAACAGCAGGCACUCCCAAGUCCAUUCACAGACUUACGUUAAAUUUGGAUACGCAAUCUCCAAUCAGAGCGUCUAUACAUCUACGAGAUUCUACAUAUUUUGCUGCUAUUGCUGGACAAGGUUUGGUGAAUGGCUAUUCUUGUACCAGUAUAGAAUCAGAUACAUCAACAAUGUCAGGUGCCUCACAGUCAAAUAUAUCACAAGAAACAGCAAUUAUUCGCGAGUCUGUAGAAAAUGGUAUAAGCGAUAAAAAAAGGCAUUCUCGUUCUUUGAGCGUUACACAGGCUUCACCAAGAUGUGAUAAAUUACAAUCCUCCGAGGUCAAGGAUAUAUUGCUUUGUUUUUUAUUUGUGAUCAAAUAUUUAGGCGAUCAUCAAGUUAUUGCAUGGUGGCAACAGUGCAGCGAUUCCGAGAUAUUGAGUUUUUUUACUGUAAUUGAAAUAAGUCUUCAUCAUUUUAAAUAUAUUGGUAAAAGACAAAUAGCUGCAAAUAUAACAAAUAAUUCUGGGAAACCACGUACAGUAAAGGCAAUGACAUUGCCAGCCAGAAUGGCACCACCAGAUUUCACGACUGAAAGUCCAACUACUGGUACACUGCAACCACAUAAUACUGUUACUAGAGAGAAUCUCAUUGAAAGCGACAGUGGUAAAAUGUAUCAGGCUUUACUAGAGGCAAAUAUGGCUACAGAAGUUGGUCUUAUAGCACUUGACUGUCUAGGCCUCUUUUGUAUUCAUUUUAAGGACGCACUUUUAGCAGAUGAUGGAGAAAAUCCAAUAAUGCAAAAAUUGUUCAAUAUCUAUCUAUCCUUUCUUCAAGUCGGUCAAUCGGAGACAUUGCUACGUCACGUGUUUGCCGGAUUUCGGGCAUUUUUAAAUAAUUAUUCUAUUGCUCUAUUUCAAGGAAAUGCAGCGCUUUGCGGGCGAUUAUGUUAUGAAUUAUUAAGAUGUUGUAAUAGUAAACUUAGUUCUAUUAGACAAGAAUCAUGUGCUUUAUUAUAUCUGCUUAUGAGAAGUAAUUUUGAAUUUACCAGUAGAAAAGGAUUAACGAGAGUGCAUUUACAGGUAAUAAUCUCGGUUUCACAAAUGCUUGGAAAUGUGAUUGGCUUGAAUAAUUCAAGAUUUCAAGAAUCAUUGUCAUUGAUAAAUAGUUAUGCUUCAUCUGAUAAAGUAAUGAAGGGUACUGGUUUUCCAGUUGAAGUUAAAGAUUUGAAUAAAAGAAUUCGAACAGUUUUAAUGGCAACAGCACAAAUGAGGGAACAUAACAAUGAUCCUGAGAUGCUUGUUGAUUUGCAACAUAGUUUGGCCAAUUCUUAUGCCAGUACACCCGAAUUGAGGCAUACUUGGCUGGAAACUAUGGCUAGAAAUCAUGCGAGAGAUGGAAAUUAUUCCGAGGCGGCUUGUUGCCAAUUACAUAUUGCAGCAUUAAUGGCAGAAUAUUUGAAAUUGAAGAAAGUUCAUAGAUGGGGUGCAGAGGCUUUUGACAAUAUUUCCGUGAAUAUAUCUAGAGACGAGCGUAGUCUUAAGCUCGAUGCUGGUGAGAUUUGCGUUCAAGAUAUUCAUUACACAGAAUAUUUAUUGCUAGAGCAGUUGGAGCUUUGUGCUGAAAUGUUAGAAAAAGCAGAACGUUUUGAGUUACUCGGACAUUUGUAUCGUUUAAUAGUUCCUAUGUACGAAGAAAAAAGAAAUUAUGAGGCUUUAGCAAAUUGUUAUACGCAUUUAGCACAAGCUUGCAAUAAAAUUGUCGAAGUCACCAAGUCCGGCAAACGUCUUCUUGGGAGAUUUUAUAGAAUUGCAUUUUUUGGAUCGGCAUAUUUCGAAGAGGAAAAUGGCCAAGAGUAUAUAUAUAAGGAACCUAAAGUGACGUCAUUGUCAGAAAUUUCAGAACGUCUUCAUCAUUUAUAUUCAGAGAAAUUUGGUUCGGAAAAUGUCAAAAUGAUAAUGGAUUCCAUACCCGUCAAUGUUGCCGAAUUAGAUUCAAAAAUAGCAUACAUUCAAGUGACUCAUGUAACUCCGUACUUUGAUAAAAUAGAAUUAGAUACUCGUCAAACGGAAUUUGAACAAAAUCACAAUGUAUCUUGUUUCAUGUUCGAAACUCCAUUUACGAAAGAUGGACGGGUGAGGGGAAAUCCUGAAGAUCAAUGGAAGAGAAGGACUAUUUUAACAACACAAUAUUCCUUUCCGUACAUAAAAAAACGUAUAGUAGUGAUCGAAAAGAGAAUAAUGGAACUUGGCCCCAUCGAAGUAGCUUUAGAUGAAAUGAGACAACGCGUUCAAGAAUUAGAGGAUGUGGCUUUAAUAGCUCCAACUGAUGUAAAAAAACUUCAAUUGCGAUUACAAGGAAGCAUUUGCGUGACAGUAAAUGCUGGUCCACUUGCUUAUGCCUCUGCAUUCUUAGACCCAGCACUUUCUCCGCAAUAUCCUGAUGAUAAAGUUGAAGAGUUAAAGGAUGUUUUUAGGGAAUUUGUAAAAAUAUGUUAUACAGCCUUGCAGAUCAACAGUAAGUUAAUUACUCCCGAUCAGCAUGAAUAUCAGGAAGUAUUACGCGAAAAUUAUCAAAAGCUUUGCCAAAGCUUGUCAUCGUUAUUGGGUGAACCUAUAUGGUCGGACGAACAAGUUGGAAGCUUUAAACGUAACAGUGCUGCUCUCUUUAGUGUCAUUAGUGGUGCUAAUAGUCACACGAGUACAGCCUAAGCCAUGAGACUGAUGUCUUAUGUCUCUUGAAGUCCUUUCUGUAAUCACAUUAUAAAGUAUCUAUAU